AUGACAUAGUGGCUACGCUCCCUGAAGGGAGACGGUAGCCACAAAAACGAAAGCCUUAAUUUGCACAAGAAAGCAAACCCCUGAAGGAUUCUGGUCGAAGUAGUAAAAUGACGUCAUCGUGCAAAUGGCUUAUUCUUCCUUCUACUGCAUCGCGAAUAACGUAAAGAAAUCGAAAUUACACACGGAGACCGUUUCAAUAAUUUCAGUGUGACGUUACGUUCAUAAUUUCAUGUAACGUAUCCGUAUCAUUCAUGCUUUCUCAACGAGUGGUAUGUCUAAACCUAAAGAGAUUUUAAAAAGUGGUAAAUUUUGUCAUUAAGAAAAUCGGUGUUAUUUUUUAUUGUUAGCGUGUAAGGUAUCGGCAGAUGUGGCAUUUAUUGUGGAUUCAUCAGGAAGUAUUGGUCGUAGAAAAUGGCCUCUGGUGUUGGACUUCUUAAAAAAGGUCAUUAGCGAGUUCAAUGUUGGACCCGAUGGCACACAUGUGGCGGUAGUUGCCUACAGCACAAAUCCGAAGCUCGAGUUUUCUUUCAAUGUCGUAUCUGGAGACCAAAUUACUGCAGAGGAAUAUGGGAAACGUAUCGACAGGAUCAGAUUCCAGAGAGGCUUUACGUACAUCGAUAAGGCUUUGAAAUUGGCUAACGAACAAGUGUUUGUCACAAGUGCUGGAAUGAGACCAGAUGUGCCGAAGGUAUACAUGCCUACAUUUGCUUCAGUUUUUCUUUUAAAUGAACUGGGGUAGCUCUCAAGAAGCUAGAGAUGCUCUCGGCGAACUAAGCAAUAAACUAUGCAUAAACAAUUCUUACAAGUUGUAUAGUUGCCAUCGACUAUGUUUCUUGCAAGUUCUUUCUCCUGAUAAAAAAAAUAAUACUUUGGGUUGUCAUGUUUUCCUCUACUUCACUGCUUAUAAUUGUACGUAGUUGCAGUACCAUUUGCCAUGUUUGUUAUCAGUUCUAUAUCCAAUUAAGGGUAGGCGGUAUUUGUAUAAUCUCAACAGAUUGCUAUUGUAAUUACCGAUGGUGCACAAACCACGACUGGCGGAUAUACACCACUGAACGAAGCCUCUCAGGGCAUUAAGGACAAGGGAGUUGCAGUGUAUUCUUUGGGCAUUGGUAAAAAUGUAGACCUAGUGCAGCUGCGGCAAAUUGCUAGUUCCGAUAGUAACGUCUUUAGGUCUGCUGGAUUCGAUGAGCUCGUUGAGGUGGUAAGACCAAUUGUACAAGAGUCUUGUCCAAAGCCAACACCUCCUCCUACCCCUGGUAAGUGGUUUUGACUUCUUGUUCGCUAUAUAACGUUUUUCAAAACUGAGAUGUGCUGCAAGUUGGUUGUAAUUAUAGCAAGUGUUUAGAUCAAUGAGAUAGCCUGUUAUAUUGUCUUUUGAUACUCGCAAAUUGUUUUAGAGGGUGUAAAAACAAACAUGAAUGGUCCGACAUUCCAGGUCGUGCUAGUAGUAGAACACUCAAAGGAUUUCUUUUAAAGGAAGGAUUCUGGCAAAUUUCAGAAAGCUAUGAAUUAGAUUCACAGGAUAAAUGGACGAAGAAAAACUGCUAGUGGGAUCUUCACAACUGCUUUUUGCUGGAAACAUUUUUAACUACAUGUAUCGCAUUUUAUAUAAAUCUUCUUUCUAUUCACCAGGAGCAAUAUGUCCUAUCCCUAUGGAUACCACCUUCAUUAUCGACUCAUCUUUAUGCGACAGCGACAGUGAUUGGAAUCGUUUACUGUACUUUAUCCAAGCUUUAGUUACACAUUUUAAUGUGUCACCAUCUGGCGGACGAAUUGCUCUUAUCCCUUUUAGUACUGGUGCCAAGGCGGCUCUCAAGUUUAAUACGUUAAAGGGAAGCCUUCUCAAUGGAGAGGAAGUCAACAAGAGGGUUGGCAAGCUAGAGUGUCAGGGAGGGUCUAGACGAAUUGAUAAAGCCCUGGACUUGGCAGACAAUGAGGUUUUGAUCCCUACUGCUGGAAUGAGGGAUGUCUCAAGGGUAAGUGACUUGUUGAUUGAUCAUUGUUUUUAAAGAGCACUUUUCUUCAGUCGGAACUGGCCUGCCUGACCUGAUGGGUCCGUAAAAAGAAUUCCACUGUUUACCAAACCUGGUAAGCCAGAUUAGUCUAACAUAUAGAUUUUGCCAAGGCCAAAAGCGAAGCUCUCAAGUGAUCUGUUAUGAAAUGAUUUUCUUAGGUAAUUCAAAUUUUGCCGUAAGCAGAAAACAAACUAAAUUCUACUUAAAAGGUGGGCCUUUGCCCGUGAUCAAUGACGUUAAAUACGUCACUUGCAUAGUAAGUCCUAUAACUGAAGCCGCGAUACAGUCAUGUGACACUGGUCAGCGGAUACCCUUUGUGACAGCUGUCAAUUGACCAUAACGUGGAUGUCCAUUACCUAGUUUAAAACACAGAUGGUAUAUGCCUUGGACUUCAGAGAGUGUGACAUUUCAUAUCCGCUAACUUGUGGGGGUGGACGGACGGACGGACGAUUUUGUCAUUUCUUGGAUGCAAAAAUAACCAAAUUUUCUGACCAAUCUUGUUCCUGGUGUUCCGCCAUUAAUACGUUCUAUGCGUAACAGUGUUGUUGUUGUUCAUCGUUAAGCGAAACACUAAAAAAGAACCUAUUUUAAAAUUCAAAGGCUAGUAUAACCGACCAAGGGUGUUACAUCGAUAGUGCUUUCAGUUAUUGGUUUUGUUUUUGCAGCCUGUCCUUGUUAUUCUGGCUGGAAAGCAGACGACAGACAAAGGAGCAUACACGCCUCUUGAUGAAGCUUCCUAUCGCCUAAAAAGUAAAGGAUCCCCAGUGUUUGUCUUGGGUAUAGGAAAGGACGUGGACACCACAGAACUUAACCAAAUUGCGUCUGGGCCUGAUAACGUAUUAAGGGUGGACUCUUUUAAGGACCUGUAUGACAAAGCUCCUCAAGCAAAGACAGGCAUCUGUGUGCUAGGUAUUGUGUUCUUCCGCUUUUUUAAAUUUUAUUUGCUACACGAUAAUAGAAAUUACAAAUAAUAUAGGAAAAGUAGAAAAAGGAAGUGGCGAGAAGAUGUAACAGAAACUGUAGGAACUUACGAGAUUUUAGGCCUCUUCGUACUACGGGUUAGAGCUGUUUAUUUGCCACACAAUAACAGAAAUUGCAAAUGAUAUAGCAAAAGUAGAAAAACGGAAGUGGCGAGGAGAUCUAACAGAAACUGUAGGAGCUUACGAGAUUUUAGGCCUCUUCGUACUACGGGUUAGAGCUGUUUAUUUGCCACACAAUAACAGAAAUUGCAAAUGAUCUAGGAAAAGUAGAAAAACGGAAGUGGCGAGGAGAUCUAACAGAAACUUUAGGAGCCUAUGAGAGGUUAGGCCUAUUCGUAAUACGGGUUAGAGCUGUUUAACAUCAAUUCAAGAAAAGAUGGCGAAAGGCCGAAGAUUUAUGAAAGAUAUCCCCCUCCCCCUCCGCGUGUACUUACCAGCCCUGUGGAUCACGCUUUUGCUCAUUAAACCCCUCUGACUCUACAGUUUUUCCCCUUUCCUUGUAAUGGUCCUAAACUGCUGCACUUUGUACUGUGCUUAAGUAAUUGGUGAAUGGUAAUCGUUAAUUGGGUUUUUGUCUUUUUAACAGUGCCUCCUACCACACCAGUGCCAACAGGUGAGUGAUUAUAACUUUUUUUUUCUUUACUCUCUAUCUUUUUUAGCUUAAGAGCAACUUCUGUACGAUGCGCGAGCUAUGAAAGCAAUAAGUUGAAUCCAAAUCGGUCUGUAAUCAUUUGUAGUGAUUAGACAAAUCGGACAACUGUGAUCUGUUUGACUACGGGUAAGAUCAUACACACCGAAUAGACCUUUCUACGGAUUUUCCAAGUUUUGUUUAAAAGCGAAUUACUUAUCCAUUCACACUGCUGGAACGAGAGCUUUUCAGUUAAGAAACUUACCAAGCUUAGAGGUGAUAUGUUUAAAGGGAGCGUUCAAUCCUGUCCUCUUUACUGGUCCCGAUCGACAGUUAUAAAAACCAUGAAAGGGUCUGUUGGGUGACACCAAGUUCUGUUACCAAGUAUUUAUAACCUAGCUUGUACACAACCUGAACAAAACUCUGAUUACAAGCUCUGCCGGGAGUUUUUGGCUGCAGAUUGUAAAAAAGUACACACGCGCACGCGUUAUGGCGUUUACUCUCCAAUUACUUUGGCGUGACGAGUACUGUCCCAUUACGCAAAAAUGUUAUGGUCAUGAUAAAUAUUAACUGCAAGGCUGCCGUUAGUACUGAAAACAAAUCCAGAUAUAGCAAGGAGAAUCCAGAAAAACCACCGAAUUAUAGAAGUCGGUUCUGCUUAUCAACGUAAUUGUCGCAACCUUCUCACUUUAUUCUGAUGGCAUAUUUCCUAUCUCGCUCUCUCUCUUUCUUGCCGUCUACAGAAUUCGUUUGUAAAGCUGUGGCAGACGUCGCAUUCAUUGUAGAUUCCUCUGGAAGUAUUGGUAGAAGAAACUGGGUGAAAAUGCUCCAGUUCCUUAAAGACAUGGUGAAAGCUUUUAAUGUUGGUCCACAAAAGACUCAUAUCGCUGUGGUCGCUUACAGCACGAUUGCCAAAGUCGAGUUCAGAUUUAACAGGCUCACGGGAUCCGCAGUGUCAGAGGAAGGUUACAACGGACUAAUCGACGGGAUUAGGUUUCAGAGAGGCUUUACCUUUAUCGAUAAAGCACUCAAGCUAGCCAAUGAACAAAUAUUUUCCACCAAUUUUGGAAUGAGGCCUGCUUUGCCACAGGUAUGAAAAGUGUAUGCCACACGCACUUUUUCCUUUUAUAUCGUCUUGAAAGGGAAAACGGUACAUGUGGUUAUGUGGUACAAUUUGAGGUUCGACCAAAAUACGUACUAGACCUACAAUAUUAUCGGAUGGGUUUCUUGUCUCAGUAGUUGUCUUUGUGCAGUUAAGUACCAAGCACUAAUUCCUUAUUUCUUUCAACAUCUUUCCAAAUCUAAUUCUAAUCGUAUAAUCUGCAAGGGGUAUAUCCUAUCACGGCAGAUAAAUGGAGCUAGGCUUUUGGUUACAUGACAUAAAAUAACUAUUUAAAUAAAAAGAAAAAAGAGUUAAGUAUCGAUGCUACGUAAGACAAAAGACGCCUUUGCGUAAUGUAAAAGAAUUUAUUUGCAUCAUGGUAAAUGGCUCUGCGGAAGCUUCGACACCAACCUUGAUUGGAUAUGGGGAGGGGGGGGGGGGGGCAAAUUUUUUAAAAAACACUUGGGAAUGUUUUGGGGGGGAGGGUUAAAAUUAGGUACUCCCUUUCCCUGGUGGGGUUAAACUGGAAAAAAAAAUUGCGGUUGAAUCAGGAGGGAUGAUUAAUUUUUUUGCGUUUUUUUUAGUGUUUUUGUCCCCUCUGAACGGUAGAGGUUCCCUAAAAAAAAAAAAAAAAAAAAAAAAAAAAGAAUUGAGGUGAGAAAAAAAAAAAAAGAAUACGUGUCUUUGAAUAAUUUAAUAGUUUUUUUUGGUUGGGGGGGUGGGGGGGCGGGGGGCGGCCAGGCCCGUGGGGUGGUGGGGGGGGGGGGGGGGGGGGGGGGGGCUAAUAUUCUAGAAAAGCACUUGGACAUGUUUAGGAGUGUAGCGUACAUAUACGGUACUCCCUUACGCUGGUGGGUAUAAUCUGGAAAAAAAAAUUGCAGUUGAAUCAGGAUGACUGAUCAAUUUUUUUGCGUUCUAUUAAGUGUCUUUGUCCCCUCUGAACGGUAGACGUCUCCUGAUGACGUCACUGUUUUCCCCCUUUCCCCCGUUAGCACUGAAACCUAGAGAGAUGGGUAAAAUAAUUAAGUAACUAGUGAAUUGUUAUUCUUAUUUAUUUGCUGAAAACUUCUCCCGCAAAACACCGAAAAUGGCAUUUUCGAGACCCUAAAUUUAAAACAUUUUUUUGGGGAAGUACGCAACCAGACUUCCACAGUAAAGGCUCUCCAACUUUUCUUCCCUUGUGUACACCUUCAAAAUCUCAUGCUACGUCCCUGGUGUUGAUAGGUCGUUUCAAGUCGUUUGUAAACAAACUUCUUACAAAAUGAUGGUAGCUUUGUUGACAAAAUCCUUUUCCCCGAUGAGCCUGUUUCUCUAAUUAUCAAUACUGAUAUCAUUUUUUUCGUUUCUUAGAUUGCUAUUGUUAUCACGGACGGGGAGCAGACAACAAACCGAGGACCUUAUACUCCGCUUUCAGAAGCCUCAAAGGGACUCAAGGACAAACAGGUGAUAUUGUAUGCUCUUGGAAUCGGCAAAAACGUCAACCAAGAUCAGCUGAAUGCAAUAGCCAGUUCAAAAAACAACGUCUUUACAGCUGCCAGUUUCUCAGACCUUACUCCCGUAGCGCAGACCAUUGUCCAAAACUCAUGUCCAGGUAAGGCUUAGUUCAAAAUGAGUAUGUUCAGGUGUACCGGAAUUUAACACAUUCACUCUUUUCUUAAGAAUAUUGUUUUACCGACCCAGGGUGAAUAUUCAUUUUUUUUCUCCCUGCCGAUUUUAUAUGGUAAGGUUAAAAGCAUAGUUCAACUCAAAAUUAUGGCGGAGCUCCACGCGCACGCGAACGGAGCCACAUACCUAAGAAAAUUUGGUAAUCUAUCCAUCCGAUAAAUUUUGGUAAUCGCGUGACCGUAAGCCCGUCCACCCGUCCGUCCGCACCACAAACAAACAAGUGCGUUUAACGAGCGCGCAAAGCAGGUGUAUUUUGCUCUGCGAUCGAUUUGGACUUUCGACUGACCGAGAGUUGAGACGAGUCAAAAAAAGAUUCCAAGGGAGUGCUCGACGCGUUAAAAUGGGGGAGGGGGAGGAAAAAAUAGGCCUGCACGCAGCCAUUGUUUGUUUGGCGAACGCCUUACACUGGAUAGACGGGAGUUCUGAUUGGUGCGGUUCCGGAAGUUCGAUUGCUAGCUGUCAAUCAAGGCCACAUAGGAACAUACAUUUUCCAGGCCUUCGGCUCGGUACAUUUUUAAUAUCCUGAUUCAUCCGGAUUUUGAAAAUUUUGAUUCUGCCCUGGGGGAACGCUUUCGGUUCUUUGGGUUACGCCUAUAGCUUAUCGAUCAGAGCAAAAGCAAGCCGUUAUUACACUAUUGUCGAGACCAGAUUUAUUGGCCUCAUCUUUCAUUUUUCCGACUUGACCAUGAUAGGAACUAACGGGGAACGCUUUAGUUCCUAAACUGCAAUGUUGCUUUCAACGGAAGAACGACGGGAUAUCGCGCUCCAGUCCAAACAUUCACUCAUCUCAGGAGAAACAAUCUGUGUCGGUGCCUAAAGAAUGAUAUUGCCUGCCGACUUACAGCGCAGUUCUCCAUGGUUAAGUUGUUGUAGCUUCAUUUUAGGCUACAAUUCGGAUCUGUAGAUAAGUAUCCGUGAGAAUUCAAAAAUAAGAUUUGCUCAGUCAAACUUUAGAACACUCCAUGCAUUAUAUAAUUUGCCCGCAACAAAAUUUCUCUCUGUUUGGUCACGUUUCACAUUAUCACGAACUUAUGGGUCGUGUUUGACCUGUCAACGCUAUAUUUUCGUUAUUGUUGAAGUAAAUUUGUGGCUUCCGGAACAAUAAAGGAUCUGGAUUUUCAUUGGCUGCAAUUGCAUUUCCGAAGUAGCAGUCAGUCGCAAAUAAUUAGGGGGCGUUGGGCAAAUUCAUAGGCUCUGCUGACAGGCGUCUUUUCCUUUUUCUCCCCACCCCUCCCCUUGCCUGCCCCUCCUCCAUGUAGAUCUGGGUCGCGCUUUUAAAAUUAAAAAAACGCCUGCUCUACAGGCUAGCGUUUAACCUGAUAUUAGACCAUAUUAUGGUCAAUUGACAAGUGUCAAAACAGGGUAUCCGCUGACCAGUGUCACGUGACCGCAUCAUAGGCUCAGGUGCCAACUCAUUGAGGUCACGCGUUUUUGAAGUCUUCCGCUGACCAGUUGUUAGCUUUUAAUUGAUCGCGGGUUCAAGUUUAUUUUUUUCAGUCCUAUGGUUUUCCCUUAAAGUUAAGUAAAGAUUUUUGGUAUUUUCAAUAGUUUAAAGUCCAUUGUCUGCAGUAAAUUUAAAAUGCAUCAACGGGAGCUUCGCUUUUAGCUGUGGCUAAAUAUAUUUAGUAAAAUCCAGCUAGUGGUCUAUUAUCAAUGCUGCGGUCUGAUUGGUUGUGCUACUUCUAGGCUAUAUGUUAUAGUCCCCUAGUAGCGAAAACCGCGGGCUUUUUGGCGGCAAAAGGCUUAAAGUCUAGCUUUUAACUAGCAAAAAUUUUUUAUUCUCGAUAUUUUUGACCAAUUAGUUGGAUUUUACCAGAAAAAUUAUUCCUUGAGCCCUCAUGGCCUCUGAGUCAAUAGCCUCAUGGGCUAUUGACUCAGAGCCCAUUCCGGCUCAAGGAAUAAUUGUUAAAUACUAUCCUUUUCAAAUAUCAGCCUUGGGUUUAUUCUUGUAAUAUUCUUUUAAUUUCGCAAAUUUCAUCCUCGAUAUUCUGAUGAAAUGUAUUCUUAUAAAAAAGUGUGCAUCGUUUUUAUGUAUUAUUAUUAUUAUUAUUAUUAUUAUUAUUAUUAUUAUUAUUAUCGUUAUCGUUAUCAUCAUCACCAUUAUUAUUAAUUUUCAGAACGUUGAAGGAUUUUCUACCAAUGGGAUGCAGCGUUUCUGAGAACAAUCUACCAAUGGCAUGUCGAUGACUACAGAUAUUUGGCCACGUUGAAAAUUUUCUAACAAAUUUAUCUUAUUUAACAGGAAUAAGUCGCACAUAGAUUAGUAUUCCUAGUGGCAUAAUUAGCUAUAAAUUUUGUUUUUCAUCCUGUUUCCUUUUCUGCUGUGGUUGCUAAGCCUUUAAAAGAAAGCAUUCGACAUCAUAGAUUCAUACAACAAUAAAAUAAAAUUCAAAAUGGUACACAAGACUAGGGCUGUGUAUAGAAUAAACCGUUGUUUGAUGUUAGAAGAGGUCUGUAAAAAUAAAGAGUUAUCUGUUUCUGAACUAUAAGCACUGAUACAAAGGCAGGAGCAGAAGGUGCUGAUAUUCAAGGAGUAGAAUUUGUGUGCCACUUGUCUAAGAUCGAUCUAAGCUAUAGAUAACCGAACUAGAACAGUUCGGCGAAUGCAGGGUGGCCUCGUUAAUUCAAAAAUAAUCGACUAGAGGUAGACAAACAAUGACAAAUAAGAUAAAGUAUACAACGAUCACAGUUCUGAUAUUAAAAUGUGUUUUUUGAAGCCUGUGCAUUGUGUCAUCAAUUUCUUUUCUGGGUGAAAAUCUUUGCCAAUUUGUUGCCAGUGAAGUAAACGUUUUUACACGAACAAACAAGAAGAGAUAAAGCAAGGCUAACAAUUAAGGGGGGAAGGGGAUUCUUUUAUGUUGGACGUUACAAAAUUCUUUUACCUUGAUGUGUAAACUUCUUUGGAACACGCGAGCAUGUACUUCACAUAUCGAAGUAUAACCUGGGAAGGCCCAAAUAUAUAGCUAAACACACACAUUUACUCGUAAUCUUGUUCCCAGAUUUUUUAGAGAUCUGAGGACGACAUUAAUGUACACGUAAAUGUCGGAGUAGAUCGUUAUCACCCCGGCAGUGUCGAUGAUAAUCGGGAAACUUCGCUCGCAUUACUUUUCCAUACUUAAAUCAACAAUCUUUCAAAAGAUGAAACUGUUAUUUCAGGAUUUCUAGAAUAAUUUCAAAACCGUGCCUCUACAGAUGACAAUCAAAGGGUAAAGGGACUGGCAAAAGUUGUUCACUGUAACGAGGUUUUGUGAUAUCGAGGUUCUUUUUCAUAUAUUUUACUAUUACUGGGGUAACUGAUGAAAAUCGUUAUAUAGAGGUUUCACUGUAUUUCAUUUCUGGCCACCUUCAGAUGGGUGACAAACAACAAUAGACAAAUUUCGAUAUAUUAAAGUUCAUACAUAUAAGUGAAUCCAGUGCUUGGGGGAAUAUAACAAAAGAAAUUACCUUCAGACUUAGUAUGAACUCAGGUAAUUUUUAUCCUUAUCAUUCCCCAAGUCUCGGAACCAUGAAUUUUUUGUAUAACGAACUUGGUCCAUUGGUAAUGUAAAGUCUUUGGCGUUACAAUCUACGCCUCCAGUAAUGCUAGAAGGUACUGCAAUUUUUAGUCUCAUUUUGCAGUUAUUAACUAAAUGCAAAGUUAGAUCCCUCAAUAAAUUCAGUUCGCUAGCACUUAAAGGAAAAAAAGAAAAAAUAAUAAAAAUGAUUUAUCACCAUUUAUAUCUAGCCGGAUUUAUGAAAAUAGUACCAUCGGACUCCAGGAGCCCACACACAAGAAACUCAGCUCUUACCCAUGGUUCUCUUAAGGUGACUCUCGUCUUGGUUCCUGAUUAGCAAAAGAAACAUUCAAGUCCAUCAAAAAGACACUCUGGACUUGUCCAUACACUCUAGCUGCUUAAAGGCCCUAAAUGACGGAGGAUGCUUGAGAAUUAACCAAGUUCUAAGCAGAGAAUUCAGGGUUAAAUCACCCCCCCCUGACUUCCUCCACCCCCCCCCCCGAGCCUAGCACGUGCUUGAGGGAAAUGCUUUCAUUGGCCAAUGGAGGCCCCUUUCCAGCCCAUGGCGAGUUAGCUCAGGGACUGAGCUUGACAAUGAGACCAACCAGGACAGCAAGCCCCCUAUGUUUUUUCUCACCUCAGUGACCAGAAACCUGGCUAUAGCCAGCUUUCUGUGCGAAUAUUCUGGCCCAUUUUGAGGUAUGUUUUCAAAAAUUCGGCUAGAUAUAUUACCGCAUUCACAUGGCUGAACACUCCUUACUCAGAUUAACCCCGGGUGAUCAACAGAACGAAACAUUGUUACGUAAAGAACUGCAAAUCUUCCUUUGAAUGACCCUUCCGACGCGUAUUCGGUGCUGAGUAGUUUACCUGAGUUUAAAUCACAAUGUAAAUUUUCUUAACAGACAUCAGAGAUGAGUCCAGUGUAGAAUCCCGAUUCCUCGAAUCUUCGGUUUUUCUAACAUUCUUCACCGAAACACAACUAACUCCUCCCGAUUCCUUAGUCAAACGCUGAGGUUUUAACCGAUUUUCGAACCACCCGAUAAUACGGACCAAUUUCAUUUUAUUUUUCAUAAAGAAAUGCAUUGAAUGUCUCCGUAAAUUACCGGCUUAGUUUCCUAAGCUGAAAAACUGCAACUAUAGCAUACGGGUGUUGAGACUGCUGGACACACUCUUAAGUGGCAAAAUUAAUGUAUUAGAGAAUAUCUUUGCGCUUAAACUCGGUUCUUACGGAACCUCUGGCCAAACCCAGAACGAAAAAUGACUUAUAACCAGAUACAAUGACUAUUUUGCUGUCUUGCAUGCAGGACUCAAGGACAACCAGCCUAUUGCUGGAUUAGGUAAAAGAAGAAUGUAAUACGACGUCAUUAAAACCUUAAGUCCCAAUACAGACCAACAUCUAUUUUCACCUGACACUAACAAUACAUCCUCAAAAGCUUCUGAAAAUAAAUUAUGUUAUCGCCAAAGAUAAAAGGGUUUAUCUAUUAUUAAAUUCUUUCAAAUAACUCGUUAAAGAAAUGUAAGGAGAUAAGUCUUGAGAAUUUGUAUGCUGAUAUUGGGGCUUAAAGGGCCAGGUGUUCUCCCUGACACUCAUUCGUUAAAUCAGUAUUCUAGAAAGGUGCAAAAAUACAUUUCAUUGUUGAUUAUUCUGCAUGAAAUGUUGCCCAUUAAAUUACUAACACCCAGCCUUAACUGAUGAAUGUUGUUCAUUAAAGAACUAACACGCAGCCUUAACUGUUGUCAGGUCGGAUUUGUCGGAUUCUGCCUUUUUUGCUAGCAAAUUAAACUAAAGAGUCGAUCAAUUUCGAAUACUGUUACUAACAGCUGUUGUUGUACUGUCCAAGAAGGAAAUCUCCAAGAAAGGUAAUUUACGACCUUAUUUUUUGUUUUGUGUUUGGGCUAAGGAAAACGUCAACUUCUCACUGAAUGGCAAUAAUUAUGGCAAUCAAAAUGGUUUGACUGAAAUGUAUUUGAACAGAAAAAAUGACGAAUACAGUAAGUUGAACCUGGCUAAUUAACGUCUCGUGUAAGCGAACAGCUCUAGCUCCCGUGAAUGACACCAAAUUAUGAAUCCAGCAAUUUGAGUUUCGUCCGAACUGCCGUCAAUACAACUCCAGGGGCGUAGCUUGCGAUUAUGAUGGUGUAGGCACUGGAAGAAAAGUUAGAGCUCCGAAUGCGCUCCAAACUAGGUGGGUGUGAGGGCAUGCCCCACCAGAAAAUUUUUAACCAUUUCCUACAGUUGACGCAGGGCAUUUUUAGCAACCAAAUAGAUGUUUAUUUUACCGCCAUCUCUAGUGUUAUCAGUGUUUACGCGAAAAAGGGUAAAAUAGUGACGCCAUCAAGGAGGAUGGAUGCAAAGGGGAGACGUCUACCCUACAGACGAGCAAAGACACCGAUUUAAUGCAAAAAAUUGAUCUGUCCAGUCCCGAUUGGACGGUUGAAAAUGCUUUCAGGAAAUAAAAAAGUAUAUUUUCCAGAUUUCAACUGUACGCACGGGCGGGCGUAUAUGUGUAUCCUUGUUAAAUCUGCCGACUGGUGAUUUAUAAUAAACACAAGCACAAAUACUUAGAAUAUAUUUGGUAAUCCUUUUCCCAUUAUUAUUUACUAAAUAUCCCUAUGUGUUUGCGCAUUAGACGCGUAAAUGAAGUUUCUUACUUGUUUACGCACUUACUUCAAGCAAUUUUUUGCUGGAAUUAGCAUAUGAAAUUGAUUCAGUUAAACACCCUAUUAAGCAAAUGGGAUUCGAUUGACCAUUAACGCUGGUUGUCCAAUCCUCACCCUUUCAUUGCCAGACUGUGAAAUGGCGUCUCCUAGGGUGGUUCUAACUUUUGUGUAUGUCGAAGAAAUCCUGCAUUGUAACUAUUCAAACGAAACUUCUUUGACAAUACUGACACAAGGUACUAUUUUUUGGCAUUUUACAAAUAAAAUGAAAGCUAAAUAUUUUGGUGAAUAUUGACUGUGGUCACCUUUGGCAGAAAAGUGUCAAUGAGGAACAUUUCUUUUAAUGGGCAAUUCAAUUUGUUUUGCACGUCUAGGGAACUUUUUGGCACCUUCGUUACGCUCAUAAUGAUUAUUACGAUCGCCCCGUAACAUCUCGAAAAAAAGUCUUAAAUUUUAACAAACAGUGGUUAUUGGCUUGACUAUUCUCCAAACAUUUACUUGCUAAAAGGAACUAACACCUGGCCUUAAUUGAAAUUCAUUGGAAUUCAGUCCUUGCCAAUAAAUGACUCGAUCAGAAAGGAAUAUUGUUAUUCCUGUUGCGCUGCUUAAGGAAGCAAGAUACACAGUUGAAAGAACACAAGGUAGUUUUUAUUAUUCACUUUCUUAAAUCAUUUUUAUUCGUAUUCCCUCCUUUGAUGGCGAAAAGAAAACUAAAACUUAGAAAAUGACGGUAAUGGUUUUAAGUACUCAAAUUGCAUUUUUUUAAUUUCUGUAUUUGUAUUACACCUUUUGACAACAUCGGAUAAGAGGCAAAGGGCGACCCUUAUAUCUUAUUAAGUUAUUUUAUAUUGGGGAAAGGCCCUUGGAUAAAUAUUGCUUUUUACAAGGCCACGCAGGCAUACAGUGAGGAGGAGAACUGAAAGCUGUUUGCUUGCAAUUACUAACUUGUGAAAAAAUCUGAGGGUCCAAACGUUCUGCGUCCGCAAAGGGCUUCAAAAAUCGCCUCCCAUAUACAGUUAGGAACACACUGAUUAUGACGGCAAUCUACCAGAAGAAAAAUCCAAAGCCAAAGCCAUCUGACGAUUUAGGGUACGGUAGAAGUGCAAAGGGCAAACAUUGGUAUCUAUUCGCGAUCUCGUAUUGUUCUUUUUGCCUUGCAAUUUUUUUUUAUUGCCAGUCUAUUCCAACAAAAAAGAAAACAUUAUUCCACGGCAUUAUUAACAAUUAAAAGGUGAUUCGAGGUUUCUUUCGGGGGGCGGGGUUAGUGGACAAUGAGAAUGGACUCUACUCCUAGUAAAUCAGAUCCAAGCCGAUAUAAAGUCUUUUUAGUAAAAUUCUACUUACUAGUAAUUCAUCUUCUAUUCCACUUUUAAGAAUGCUUUCUGGAAAUUUCUAA